AUGUCAAAUGUUACAGGUGAUCAUGAUGAUUAUGAUCAGGAAAGCUUCUCAUCUGGUGAAGUAGUCCGAAAACACGAUAAUCGACAGCUUCGAAACGAGUCGACUAAUAACAAUAUUUGCUCAACUUUUCAUCAACAAUUACAGCCUCUUAAGAAGAAAAGAAAUCUACCAGGAACUCCAGAUCCAACGGCCGAAGUUAUUGCUCUCUCGCCUAAAACCCUCAUGGCCACAAACCGGUUCGUGUGCGAAAUUUGUAACAAAGGUUUUCAAAGGGACCAAAACCUACAACUACACAAAAGGGGUCAUAAUCUCCCAUGGAAGCUAAGACAGAGGACAACAAAUGAGGUUAAAAGGCGAGUUUUUGUUUGUCCCGAGCCAACAUGUGUGCAUAACGAUCCGUCUCGUGCUCUUGGCGACCUAACCGGGAUCAAGAAGCACUAUAGUAGAAAACAUGGGGAGAAAAAGUGGAAAUGCGAAAAAUGCUCGAAAAAAUACGCGGUGCAAUCGGAUUGGAAGGCUCAUUGCAAAACUUGUGGCACCAGGGAGUAUAAAUGUGAUUGUGGAGCUGUUUUCUCCAGGAGAGAUAGCUUUAUAGCUCACAGGGCAUUCUGUGAUGCACUGGCCCAAGAAAAUAGCAAGGCGAGACAAGGCAUAAUAAUGGGCUCAACGGCACAGGAUGUAGAAGCCCAAAUGACUGAUUUCAUGCCCAUAAGUACCAACGCAUACACCUCCAUAGGGGUAACCCAAUUCAACAGCCCAUUCAAGCCCAUGCAUGUGGCUCGCAUGUUACUUGCCACGUCAUCAUCAGGUACUGUAUUCGGCAGCAGCCCCUUAAGCAUUCCUACUACAUCGUCUGGACUUCAGCUCAGCGCAAAUCCAGGAACAUCAAGCUACAACUUUCAUCCAGACGACAAAUUGAGCCAAAUGUUCGGCCCAACCAUGCCGGCCACGGCCCUUUUACAGGAAGCGGCCAAGAUGGGCGCCACAACUUCAAACACUAUGCACUCCCCCAUGGAAAUAAUGCAGGGGACCUUGGACAGCAUCAUGGCAGGCCCGGACCUGUUGUCUGGGCCUGGGCCUACAACCAAUACCCAAACAUUCGACAAAUUUCUGCAGAUGAAUACAGAAGAUACAGUGGCCCGGCCUUUUGUUUGUGGCACGAUUUUUAUCGGCGACCAAAAUCCAGUGGCCGGGCUCUUGAAGGAUGUGGUGGAGGCACAAGAGAAGUGUAAUAAUAUGAUGGGAGGAACUCCGCCAAGCUUGGGUGGAAAUGCAAUGGCUACCGUUGAUUUCUUGGGGCUCGGUGGAUCAGGACUGCACGAUUUACUGAUUGAUGGGCAAUUGGGUCCGGAGAAUAUGAAUCAACGACCAAUGCAAGCGGACACUUCUGAUCAGCAGCUCUCGCAUCCUCGUGAGGAGUUUAACAGUGUAAGGGAUAUAGUAUUAUAA